AUGGAACAAAUUCUGUAUCAGAGAGGUGCCGAAGAACAAUUAUCUCUCAACAUUUACAAUCAACAAGAAGAAUCAUCGGAUUUAAAUGAUCGUUUUAUAUGGAUGUAUGUAUUUAUGAACAUAUUUUUUCGUAUGAAUCACUCGUUAUACUCGUCGACAAUAGCUGAUGAAAAGAGAGCACUUCUUGAAAAACUUUGUGAAAUGUAUAAUGAUAUUGAAAGUUUGCGCGUAUGGAAUCAUUUCGAUUCAAAAUAUUCACGAGAUCAAGCCAUUCAAUGGUAUACCAAUGAGGGACUAUUUUAUACAGCAUUAAACAGAACUUUACGCUGUAGAAAUUUGAAGCUCUUAACUGUUUUUCGAUUUUUUAUCUUUGAUUUGUAUGAACAGCUGAUGCAGACAUAUGAUUCUCAAAAAAAUAAACGCAAACAUGAGAAAUCUGACCAGUUACUACCAAUAUAUAGUGUUUAUCGUCGACAAAUAUUGCCAUUAGGUCAAAUUCAACGAAUGAAACAUUCUAUUGGUAGUUUUGCAUCAAUAAACUCAUUCUUUUCAACGACUAGAGAUCGACAUAUUGCAGAACGAUUUCGAUCGAAAUCAUCUGAUGAAUUUACCAUUAAUCUUCGAAGCGUACUAUUCAAGAUUGAUAUUGAUCCGAAUCUGAAUAUACGCCAAUAUGGUGAUAUUCAAGAUAUUAGUGCAUAUAGAGAUGAAAAAGAAUUACUAUUUAUACCGGGAACAAUCUUCCAAAUCAAGAAUGUUUCUAAAGCAAACGAUUAUUUUAUAGAAUUAAAAUUAUGCAGUGAAAAUGAUAAAGAAAUUCAUGAUAUUAUUUCCAAAUGGAAACAAUAUAUUGAAUCAAAAUUAAAUCAAUCAUAUUUAUACUGGUUCGUAGAAGAAACGGAUAAACUAAAUCAUGCUGAACAAUAUUAUCGAUUAGUAUUGAAGUAUUUACCUAAAAAUGAUCCAUUCAUCAGUUAUUCUUAUCAUGGCUUGGGAAAUAUUUACAAGAAGAAUGGAAAAUAUGCUGAAGCGAUUACGUAUUAUACUGAAGCACGACAAAUCUCUAAUGAUCGUAGAUGGCAGGCAAAAUGUUACAAUUCCAUAGCCGAUGCCUAUCUAUCAAUGGACAAUGAAAAACUUGCUCUACACAAUUACAAAGUAGCGAAAUCCAUGUAUGAGUGUGAAACUAAUCAAUCAUACCGAAAUAUUGCUGACUGUUGCAGCAAUAUUGGUCGAAUCUAUCAGAAAAUAAAGAAUUAUAAUAAAGCAUUAACAUCAUUUCAAGAAGUCUUGAGUUUAAAUGAAAAAAUUGCUUCAAAAGAUUCUUUACAUAUGAUUACAUCCCUAAUGAAUUUGGCUAAAACUUAUUGUCUCAAACGUGAUUAUGAGGAGGCUCGCAAUUAUCUAAAUAGAGCACUACAAAUGAGUCAAAAACAUUUGAAACAAAACGAUCCUGAACUUGGUUCUAUGUAUAAAGAUAUUGGUAAUAUUUAUCAAGAAGAUAAACAAUUUCAUUUGGCUCUUUCAUUCUAUCAUAAAGCAGCUGAAAUUUAUUAUUAUACAUAUCCACGAACAGAUCAGCAUAAUGUAGAUAUUCAAAAAUGCAUCAGAUACAGCAAUUAUAAACUAAAGUAA